UUACAAGGAGCUCUAGGAACUCUGAAUAGUUGUUUGACCAACGAGUUGCAUUUACGUACCAUCAAUGCUAAUCUUGGCAUGUUUGGGGCGAUAAAAGAAAUAACUGAUUAGUCCUUCUACUGUAGGCAUUAUUUUUUUUAAAAAAAAAAAAAAUUAAGAAAUACUCAUGGUAACCAUUCGAGCCGACGAGAUUAGUAAUAUUAUCCGCGAACGUAUUGAGCAAUAUAAUAGGGAAGUAAAGAUUGUAAAUACCGGUACCGUACUUCAAGUAGGCGACGACAUUGCUCGUAUUUAUGGUCUUGAUGAAGUAAUGGCAGGCGAAUUAGUAGAAUUUGAAGAGGGUACAAUAGGCAUUGCUCUGAAUUUGGAAUCCAAUAAUGUCGGUGUUGUAUUAAUAGGUGACGGUUUAAUGAUACAAGAGGGAAGCUCCGUAAAAGCAACAGGAAGAAUUGCUCAGAUACCUGUGAGUGACGCUUAUUUGGGUCGUGUUAUAAAUGCCCUAGCUAAACCUAUUGACGGUCGAGGUGAAAUUUCAGCUUUCUCUCAACUUAGAGUAGUUAGGGUUGGCAACCUGAAUUUGGAUGAUUUUUUUAAAAGCAGUUUGGAGUUCUUGGGGAUAGGACCAGUUAGGGUUUUGUGGUUUGACUUUCGGUUUAAUCGUGAGAUUUCGGGGUUUCUCUCUUUUGGUUGA